GGCGACUUCCUGCAUUGCCUCUGCGCGUGCGCACUGCUCUGCUUUGUUGUUUCGGCGAAGAUGGCGCUGAGCAAAACAUUUGGACCAAAACCGCUAAAAUUUCAGCUGGAGGAGGAUGGGGACUUUUAUAUGAUCGGGUCGGAGGUGGGAAACUACUUGCGCAUGUUCCGGGGCUCCUUGUACAAGAGGUAUCCAUCACUUUGGCGGAGGCUCGCUUCUGUGGAGGAGAGGAAGAAGAUAGUGGCCUCAUCGCACGAUCAUGGUUACACAACUUUAGCCACCAGUGUGACACUGCUGAAGGCGUCUGAAGUGGAGGAAAUCUUUGAGGGGAACGAUGAGAAGUACAAGGCCGUGUCCAUCAGCACGGAGCCCCCAGCCUACCUCAGGGAACAGAAGGCCAAGCGGAACAGCCAGUGGGUUCCCACCCUCCCCAACAGUUCACACCACCUGGACGCGGUUCCCUGCUCCACCACCAUCAACCGCAACCGCAUGGGUCGUGACAAGAAGAGGACCUUCCCGCUUUGCUUCGACGAUCACGAUCCGGCUGUGAUCCACGAGAAUGCCAGUCAGCCCGAGGUCCUGGUACCGAUCCGGCUAGACAUGGAGAUCGACGGGCAGAAGCUCAGGGACGCAUUCACGUGGAACAUGAACGAGAAGCUCAUGACCCCAGAAAUGUUUGCGGAGAUCCUCUGCGAUGACCUGGACCUGAACCCACUGACCUUUGUCCCCGCCAUCGCUUCGGCCAUCCGGCAGCAGAUUGAGUCCUACCCCACAGAUAGCAUCUUGGAUGACCAGACCGACCAGAGGGUCAUCAUUAAGCUCAACAUCCACGUGGGGAACAUCUCCCUAGUGGACCAGUUUGAAUGGGACAUGUCAGAGAAGGAGAACUCCCCAGAGACCUUCGCCCUGAAACUGUGCUCAGAGCUGGGCCUGGGAGGCGAGUUUGUCACCACCAUCGCGUACAGCAUCCGCGGCCAACUCAGCUGGCACCAGAGGACGUACGCCUUCAGGUCUGAUUUCAGUGAGAACCCCCUGCCCACUGUGGAGAUCGCUAUCCGAAACACAGGCGAUGCCGACCAGUGGUGCCCCUUGCUGGAGACGCUGACAGACGCAGAGAUGGAAAAGAAGAUCAGGGAUCAGGACAGGAAUACCAGACGCAUGCGGCGACUCGCCAACACAGCUCCAGCCUGGUGAGAUGUCAAAGGGGUCCUACGUGACGCUCCGGCCAGUUAUCGAGCUUCCGGAAUUUCCGAGAGGACGUGGACUGAUGGAACUUGUUUUGAGUUGGGCUGUGGUGCCAUCAGCCACGGGAGACCUUCCUUGACCGGGUGGCAGCAACCGACCUCUCUGACCUCCGUCGUCCCACCUCUGAGCUCCACACCGCCCAUCCCUCGGACCAUUGUCCUCCCUAUCCUCGCCUGGACUCAGACUGGCACCACUGACUGAGGCCUGUGUUGCCACCUUCUCUCCGACAUCCUUUCAGCCUUGGAACUCAACUGUCCAACACUCACACAGCCAGAAAAGCCCUGAGUCCUGUGAAGUAUAUAAUGUUGUAGUGUUACUUGGUUGUUUAUGGUGGUUGUUAUAGGUGCUGAAAGCAUUUUUGUUUUUUUUAUAAAAAAACAAAAAAUAAAGUCCACG